ACUUCUGCUUCUCCACAAACCACAACAACAUCAGUAGCUACAGAAACCACAACAACUACUGCUUCUCCACAAACCGCAACAACAUCAGCAGUUACAGAAGCCACAACGACUACUGCUUCUCCAGAGACGACGACAUCAGUAGCUACAGAAGCCACAACGACUACUGCUUCUCCAGAGACGACAACAACAUCAGUAGCUACAGAAGCCACAACAACUACUGUUUCUCCACAAACCACAACAACAUCAGCAGUUACAGAAGCCACAACGACUACUGCUUCUCCAGAGACGACGACAUCAGUAGCUACAGAAACCACAACGACAGCUGCUUCUCAAGACACGACAACAAUAUCAGUAGCUACAGAAGCCACAACGACUACUCCUUCUCCAGAGACGACAACAACAUUAGUAGCUACAGAAGCCACAACAACAGCUGUUACUACACAAGUCACAACUACUACUGUUGCUAUAGAAACCACAACAACAGGUGCUCCAGAAACCACAACAACUAAUGCUUCUCCACAAACCACAACAACUACUGCUUCUCCACAAACCACAACAUCAGUAGCUACAGAAGCCACAACGACUACUGCUUCUCCAGAGACGACAACAACAUCAUUAGCUACAGAAGCCACAACGACUAGUGCUUCUCCAGAGACGACAACAACAUUGACAACAUCAGUAGCUACAGAAGCCACAACGACUACUGCUUCUCCAGAGACGACAACAACAUCAGUAGCUACAGAAGCCCCAACGACUACUGCUUCUCCAGAGACAACAACAACAUCAGUACCUACAGAAGCCACAACAACAGCUGUUACUACACAAGUCACAACUACUAUUGUUGCUAUAGAAACCACAACAACAGAUGCUCCAGAAACCACAACAACUACUGCUUCUCCACAAACCACAACAACAUCAGUAGCUACAGAAGCCACAACUACUACUGCUUCUCCACAAACCACAACAACAUCAGCAGUUACAGAAGCCACAACGACUACUACUUCUCCAGAGACGACGACAUCAGUAGCUACAGAAGCCACAACGACUACUGCUUCUCCAGAGACGACAACAACAUCAGUAGCUACAGAAGCCACAACCACUACUGCUUCUCCAGAGACGACAACAACAUCAGUAGCUACAGAAGCCACAACGACUACUCCUUCUCCAGAGACGACAACA